UCUACGUUCAGUCAGUUCGCGCUCGGCCGUCCAGCAGUCAAGACGACGAAGCGAUUCGAAGGCGACGAAGAUGAGAACGAUGAUGACGACGACAACAGCGAAGUCGUAAAAACCCUAAGCAAGCCCGAGGCAGACAGUGAAACAGAAUCGAACAACAACGACCGGCUACUAAAGAAAAAGGUGGAGCACGCGUUGGCCAGACCUAUCAACAUUGAAAGAUACGGACAGAAACACAGACGUUCAAGGCGCCGCUAUACAUCAUCAUCAUCGUUCUCACCUAGCUAGCCAGCCAGCCAGCCAGCCAGCCAGCCAACCAGCCUGGAGCAUCAGCAACAAGAAGCGAAAUGAGAGGUCUGCUCGGUCGUUCGUUCGUUCGAGAGCCGUUGAUCUUUGGCCUAUUGCACACUUGAAAGAGAGAUCAGCUUUGCAGCAGUAGCAAGUUGGCGACUAGUAGUACAUAAAUGAUGUGACGGUCUCUACUGUUGUCCACCUCGCGCUUUACACUUACCCUGGCCCUUACUUGAGUGGACUCCCGACGGGCAGCUGAGUGAAUCGCCCGCCUUAUGUUCGUACAGGAGUUAUGCGAUGUUUCCAGGACCUUUUAAGUAAUAGGCACUGAUCCACGGACGAAGGCACAGACAAAAGCCAACACGCAUUGGAGAAGGUGAACUGCGGUGAUAGAAAUCGUAGUCGCACGUCCAUCGCCUCUGGGUCUACGAUUGAGCCGAUGGCCGUCGUACUCUAGCCAGCGGCGGGAUGAAUGCCGGCCUGCAUUUCUUUCGCAGCGCAGCAUCCGUAUUUUGUACGCUGCAGUCUCGCCUUGCUGCAAAUUCGCGUUCUAGGACCAGAGCGUCAGUGAAUUGCUGUUGGCGUUGUGGCGGCUGCUGCGGCUGCUGUCAAGUUGUGGGCGCGGCCAAAACGUGCGACAGCGCAGGACCUGAAUAUUGUGAUAGAGUGUGUACGAGGGUAACUCAGCGACUGUUCAAUUUGACAUCAUCUGUUGUGUUGUACAGCCCGCGCUCCCCGGAUACACUGACUUGUGGAGCUUUAUUGUGUUCGUUAUGUUCUUGGAGUGAUUUUUCGGGGGGAAAUUAAUGUCUCCCACUCGUUUCCGAGAGUGGUCUUCGUGGCUAGUGCAAGUUUCUAAUUAAGUUCAAAAGGUUUCUUCCGUACAACGGCCUUCGUUUAACACCAGCUUGUAGUCAGCUGCUUAAGGAUUAGCAGCUUAUCGUAAAGAUAACACAACCAGUGUGACAGCUAUAGGUAGUCCGCGAAGAAACGAAGGGAUGCAAAUAUGAUGCGACACAUUGAGCACGUCCUCCUCGCUGGCCUAGCAAUCGUCCUCUGUGUCCAUAUACCAGCUGCUAACACGCACGACGCAGCGCAGGCCACACGCUCCGAGGUGGUAAUUGGCCUUAUGCGACAUCCUCGACAUUCUCAAUCCAACGAUGACGAUGGUGCUGCCUUAGCGACAGGAACGAGGUUGACAAUUGUCGAAGAAUCUUCUGUUGUUCCUUUCUCGACGAUGGUCCUAGCUGAUCCCGCUCCUAGAACCACUCUGGCGCCGCCGCCGCCGCCGACGGCGGCACCGGCGACGACGAUUGAACCAGUCAUAAGGACCACGAUAAGCUCUGAUAUUGUUUCUAUCGAAGAGAUGUCGAGCGCUGUUCGCGAGGUGCUCAGCGUGGAGGUGAUACGGGUAUUUCCGGACAAAACGAGUGAAAACGAUAAGGUGAUGACGAUGCCGUCAAACAACAACAACCAGGUCAAUGCUGUCGGCAUCGUCGAAGACAAAGCGGUAGAGAAGACCGUGCCGGCAAUUAUGAAGUCAAUUCAUCCAAUGUUAUCCAUGUUUCGGAGGGAGGAUAGGCCUGCUAUCAAUCAGAGUUUAAACGGCAGUGACGAUCGAAAUGUUGGUGGCAGAGAAAACAGUACUAACGUUGAUGACAACACCGAGACAACUCUACCUGGCCAGACGAAAAUACCACAGUCGUCAACUCUGGCCGCAUCGCAACAACAAGCAGAUUUAACUAGAACACGAGCAAUUCUAAGAGUAAGUCAGUCUGCGAAGCAGUCGACUACAAUAGAAAUUCCGGAUAGUCCCUCCUGUAAGAUGGGUACUACACCGCAGCAGCGAAUAGAAACGCAACCGAUAAACAACUCGUUUUCGAAAAUGACCAACAUCAAAGGAGGCUCCAACGGGAUACUCUGUGAAUCACAAGUUAGUGGUCCUAGCCAAGAAACAGCGUCAAACGUUGUUUCUGGAUCGCAAAACUUUGCCGGCAAAGACAGUCCAUCAAGUGCAAAGUUACAAGAUCUUACUAUGACGAACACAAGUUCUUUUGUUAUUGCGUCAAAUAACGCCAGUGCCGUUGCGAAGCAGCAUUCCAGUGCCAUCUCGGAAAAGGUGGCGACUGGAUUGAAGUAUGUCGCGCAACGGGUCGCCGUGGCGUCGGCAUUUCCUCUCCAGCUGUUGGGCCCGAGCGGUACCCCCACAGCAUCCACUGUCGCCGUUCAACUCCUGCAGCUGCACAAAUCGCAAGCGAUCCUCCGUCAGGCGGCGCUGGUUGCGCGCAUUCGUCAACGCUAUACUGCUGCGAUGCGUGUUUUCUACCAAAAAGGAAGUAUGGAGUCAGACCUUCCCGAGUGCGCGCCACGCCAGGUGUGCAAUCGCAUAGAUGUCUACUCAACCCCGUGGGUCGAACGACAGUGUCGCUGCCCAUCCGGCCCGGGUAUCAACAAACAGCAGGCUUGCCCUCAAACGGUGGACGCCGAGGACGGCCACUCACUAGUGGAUCGGACCCGGUUAUUUAAAACUUGCGAGCCUAUUCGUACGCUGCCGAUGUGCAGAUACUUCCGUGACUUCACGUGGACGAUUGAACAGAUGGGAACAGCAUCGGCUUCCUCAUCAUCAUCAACAACAGCAGCAUCCUCUAUGGCAGGUGCGAAUGGGGCUGCAACGAGUAGAGGGGACAGCGGCAGUAGCAGCGGUGUGGGUCGCCAGACGGUGCAUUGCGUUUGUCCCAGAAACUCCGUGGCGUAUAUUGCGCGUCAUGAGGCUAUCCAAGCCGCGGAUGGAACUGUGCAAGGCUUCAAGUACUCGUUUGCGUGCUCUCCACAGAGCAGGCAGGCGUGUGCGCCGUCAGAGCCUUGUCGUUUGUUUACGGUAAAGAGACGCCGGUUCGUCGACGAGGUGAACACCAAUACACUUUGCGAAUGUGGCUCUAAGCGCCGUUGUCCAUCGCAUCACACGGACGAGUCCAUAAGUCCGGGGUCGUUCUUCAAAGAAGACCAUGUCAAGGUGUUCACAGGAUUCUGCCAGCCAGUUCCCAAAGAAUCAGUUCCUUUAACAGGAUCAGCCCCAAUCCAGUUGGCAUCAUCGUUCAGUCCACAAACUGCUAUGCCUCUAACAGCAGCCCUCAUGGCAGACGUGAACGUAACUUCAGCACCCUUUGAACAUUUUGCCGCUACUACAAUAAAUAGCAAUUCUACAAGUGCCAGUAGGAGUGUGACUGAGCUGACCCCUCUUCAAUACAUGACCCCGGACGGAAGCCACGGAAACAAUAGCAGCAACGGCGGUAACAGCACCAACGAUACAACCAGCAGUGGCAGCAAGGGCAGCUCGAGUAGUUCUUAGACCUUUAGAGACAUUGAUUGAUUUUGUCCUGAAGCCGUAAAAAAUGAAUUACGACGAGGUGAACUAAUAGAAGUCCGGCUAUUGUGAAGUGCACCAUCGAACUUGUCUGAGUCUCUAAUGCCAAUAUGCUAUGUGAACUUGAUCGAUGUACCACGCGCCGGUCGUCGAGUUCUCGCGGUCAGGACGUCGAAAGAAGCAAUGCUUCGUGUUACUCCACGGUGGGCUAAUUACAUAACAAGUGAAACAGUCUAGGCAUAACUAGUUCGAGGUGAACACAUGGUACCUCUGCUCCUAUGAGCUCCCAUCAAUAGAUUUCCAGUCAUUGAUUGCUAACAUUGUAGCCCCAUCAGCGUAACCAUCAGAAACGUCAACUACCCUCAUCGAUCCUGUCCUAAAGUGCAUAUAUACAUGCACAUUUACUGUGCACUGUGCUUUGCUGUCAAUUCUACGGUCCGUGAUAUUGACAGUAUGCGCUUACGGCAAUUGGGGCUCAACAAGUCGGCUCGGUGAUACCAGGUAUCGUUGUUAAACACAAAAGGCAGCAAGAGUGAAAGAAUUACCGUCGUCGUUAACAGAAACGACGACAACAACAACAACAUCUUCCUCCAGUAGAAGCAUUGCGGAUGGACUGAUUCGUUUACCGAGUCGGGCGCGUAUCAGACUAUCGGCACAGACAGACAGUCAGACAGACAGACCGACAGGCAGGCAGGCAGGCGGGCAGGCAGGCAGGCAGGCAGGCAGGCAGGCAACAACAACAACACAUGGUCUCAUAGUGAACUUCGUUUAACUUCAUUAGUUGUUGGCUCUACGCUCAGUGGUAUGAGGGCUAGACGAACAUUGAGGGUCACGGCCGCUUAACGCUUCUGGAGGUCAUCUUUACGAUAAGGUCACCCGGUCCCGUCACGUCGUCCCCUCCGCCCGCCUUCAUACGGCAUCGUCACUGCCGAAGCAGUGGCAGAGGCCAUACGUCGUGGGGCCGCAGAGAGAGAGAGAGGAACCAACGAGCCAACUAGGCCUAGAGGCAGGCAAGCAGCCCGUAUCCUGUCGCUUGUUCGUCGAUCUAACGUCUGACGAAGUUUGUCUUCGCAGACGCAAACGCACACGAGGGACACACAUACAUAUACUAUUGCGUAUACGGACUAAAAUACACACAGUUUUCUACGAACACGACAGACGAAGAUAAAUGCUAUGAAAGUGGGACGCAUUAGUUCAUUCUCGGUAGUAAAACGCAGAAAAAAAAAAUGGUGGUGAAAAGAGACUGAGCUGGUGAGGGAGGGAAGUGAGAGGGACGAGUCGAGUCAAAUAAUGAAUAUAUGGGUGCACAAGGAAACGAAGAAUAAAGGAGGGAAUUAGUUCGUAUGACACGCAGAGAAAAGUGGACCAAGAAAACAAUAUAACGAAAGAAGAAGCAUCGAGUGGCAAUAAAAAUAAAAAUUAUUUUUGAUUUUAUUAUUAUUAUCAUCCAUCAGACCCCUAUGCACCAUUUCGUUGGGUCUUUGAGAGUAAUUUUUCCGGAAUUUGAAGCUAAUGAAGCCGUAUCAUCGUCAUCAGCAACCCAUAAUGUACAAACAACAUGUUGCUGGGUGACCCCGCAACCACUAUUAUUACUAUCGGGCCGACGCCCAAAUUUCAUCGUUGGUUUAUCCUGUAGUUCAGCAUAACAACCCUAUUUUCCUGUUUCUACAGUAGCUAAGGUCAAUAACUGCUAUUUGAUUACUACAGUCGGAUAAUAAUCGCGUAACAUCAAGAUUUUUACUAGUAGCAAUUACCUGUACCGCAACAUGUGUCUGUUCAUGUUUAUGAUCACACUAAUUAUGGCUGUGUUUAGGUCGUAUUUUUGUCAGUGUAGUAUACAGAAAAGCUGUAGUGGCCGUCAUUAAGGACACCGAAACAUCAGGUUCGGGUUUGACUAGAUCUAGUAGACAGAACAAGAUGGCGUGGAUCGGUCAACUGCACAAAAUACGAUGAUGAAGCAGAGAUAAAUGUCGCUAUGUCUACUCCAAAUAUAGCAUUUGGAAUAAUGAAGCAUUUCGCGCAAUCGUCUAGCCCCGAAUAGAGAGCAUUACCAUGAACCCCACAGAAUAUGGUAAAAGGAGAAAACUUGGAAAAGAACUUCCCAAUAUUUUCUCGAUAGCUCAAAGUAAACAAUAACUAAUUUGUUUUUUGUUAAACUGGCAGACCAAAGAAACGAAUAAUUGUCCCUUCCCCCCUCAAACUUGACAGAAGAAUCGAGGCUCCGGUGCGCGAUGACGGCCACUUCGCAGCAUCAACGUUAGCGAUGACACAUCUGCACAACAAAGAAUUCGCGUUCGCGGAGAAUUUUAUCAGAUGUUAGAUGGAUUAAUAGUAUGAUUAAACGGGAUUCUAAUAGGUUUAUGGGAUUCCUAAGUUCUAUUUUUUUUUUUUUUUUUUUUUUUGUUUACACAUUGCACUUAGACCCUGUACAACUGUAUGUUCUCGUUAGACGAAUACGAAGGCUCGAUAGAUUUAAAAAUAACGAUAAUGGUAUGAUGACAUCAUCGUUACAUUAAAUGGCGCAAAUACGUUCUGUCUGUUAAUUUAUCGCAAAAUCACAAUAGAUAAAAAACUAUGAUCUUAAAGAUCUCAGAACGCCGUUACUCCAACGAUACUAGCAGCUACAGAAAACGGCAGGCUCAAACGUUCUUCAAUCGAUAAUAAAGCAUAUUCAGCGACAGUAAUGACAUUGGUAACCCAUGCGAAGAUUUGGAUUGAGCAAUAAGCACUACUAAGAAAUGGCUACUCUAUUAAUAGUCUAUAAAAAAAUGGGCCUUUAACGCUUCCUUGCAACACGUGUAUGAGCUCGAAUAGACAAGCGAAACAUUUGUUACUUCUGCUUGGACGAAUUCAUAGAACAGACAGGCUUAAUAGACAGGAGGAGUGUCGUUGAUUUUAUCUAAAUAAUUUUUUGUACCACCCUUCAUUGUAAAAUGCCGAUAGUUGUUGCGACAAUGACUUCAGAGUACUAUAAUAAUAAUAAUAAUAAUAAUAAUAAAAAAUGGAGAUGAUAUAUCUAUAAAUACAUAUCUAUAUUUAUAAAGCAUAGUAAUACUAUUAAAUAAUAACCUAUUUAUUAAUAAAUGAAGGAGAAAAGCUGAUAGGGGGCGCUUGGAAGUGAUUAAUGAUAGAAAAUAUACGGAAAAACAUUAGGCAGUGUAUGGCAUACUUACUGGACGACUAAAAAAGGAGAAACUAAAAUGAGAUUUACGUCCGGUACUGCCAUUAAGUACUGCGUCGGACGGAACCAACUACAAACUGCUACUGAUACCGCUAGUGUUACUAGCGGCGCUAGUGUACUGUCCAAAAACAAACCGCUCACUGAAGUACCACAUGGAUGAUUCAUGAAUCAGGGGAUAUUUUCUAACGUGUAGAAAAAGCUUAAUUAUUCCUAAUUUAUUAUUGAGUAUCAUGAUUUUUUUCAAAAGUGAAAGUGUAGUGUUAUUGUUACUGUUAAUGGUCGAAAGUUCGGCCAUUUUCGGAGCUUCAAGUAUAAAGCACGCCACGUUUGUCGAACAUGUAGACCCACUUGACAAAAACAAGUCCUACCAUUUCCGUUAGCACUCCUAAUCACUUCGCAAGCCCCAUCAGCAAUAAUAAUCUAUGAAACGACAUGUGCGCACUGAAUAAACGCAAACAAAACAAGGACGCUAUAAGAAGAAGCUUGUAGGAAGAUAGACACAGUGAACGCUAAUAUAUUACAAUCGAUGCUCAAGCGAUGCUUCAUUUUUUCGGGCCUGAGAAAAGCGAGCUAAAAUCACGUAAGCUUAUAUUCGUGUAAAUAUAAAAAAAUAAGUGACGUUUUUGGUGUAUACGCAUUUUAACUAAGCCUGGCAAAAAAAUACGUUUCCGCCAAUCGAAAAGGUAGCCCGCGUGCUGUUUUCAAAAUUGUCAAAUUUAACGUUAAGAUGUGUACAUGAAUCAAACUGUUGCAACAUCAGGACGGAACCCUUGUAAGCAAGCGCGUUAUGUACAGAGAGAUCACUAUUAUAGAACUGAUUAUUAUUGUACAGUGUAUAUAAAAAAAAAAAACAGGUUUGAAGGAAAGUACAAAAAUCUAAAAGGUUAGACACAUCACAGAGAAGAAGAAAUAUUGAAGAAUAACCGACAGGUUAAGCGGAAGGAUGAACAUAUGAUGACGGCAAGGAAGAUCUAAACAACGUUGAAUGUUAGUGGAAACAAGAAGGUCAUGAAGUUUCUGUACGAUAGUAAAAAGUCUGGAUGCCUAACAGAGGGUCUUCCAAACAGAA